UCACUGAUUUGUAUGCUUUGCGAUACUCGUUCUUAUAUCGAUCAACUGGAAAUAUUUACAGAACCUUUAUUUUUAAUUAUAAUUUUCAAGAAAAACAUAUUGUGUUGGAAACAUCCCAGUAAUGCAUGUGUACGAUUCGUGUCGUAUUUGCCUCACUGAGGACAUUAAUACAAGCACAAUGCAGCCAUUGUUUGAUGAUGAAGACACUUGUGCGGAGAUUGUGCAUCGAAUCGAACUUUGCGGGGGCAUAGCGUUAAAACCACAUGAGGAGUUUCCUAAGAUGAUUUGUUCCCAGUGCCUGGAUAAGCUAAAUGUUUCUUUCAAAUUUCGAUCGAUGUGCCAAGCGAGCGAGCACGCUCUUCUAGAUGCGAUCGUAAAGUCGGAAAUGAAAUCGGAACCCCAAGAGUAUGACAACGCCCAGAUGAUGUCAAAUGAUGAUGAUAACGGGGAAAGUGAAAUGUUCUUUGACAUGCCUACUGAAUUUAUAGACGCUGAAGAGGUUGGCCUGGAAGAUAUUACCGAAAAAGUAGAACAAGAAGAAGAAGUCAUUGUGGAGUCCGAUAUGGAACUUAAUACAGAGAGUGCUGAGGAGUUCAUUGAAUGUACCGACAGUGAAUAUUUUGAAGAAGAAGAAGUGGAGGAACCCAAGGUUAAAGUUAAUACAAAACAAACGCAUAUAAAAAAGGAACCAUUAUUGGGUGAGGAAAGUGUUCGCAAACGACCACGGCCAAAAGCGAAAACUGGUAUCACCAUAAAAUCAGAAUUACACAGAGGAAAGAAGUCGAAUCGAGGAAGAAAGAAGAAGGAGGAACCAGAGAUGGCGAGCAUAAUGUGUGAAAUUUGUGGUAACAUAUAUACAAAGCGUAACUUAUUAAAAAUGCAUAUGCGCCGACAUAUGGCCGAAAAACCAUUCGCAUGCGAAAUUUGUGGCAAGACUUUUGCGUGUCCCUCGGAAAUCGGCCGUCAUAUGCGUGUACAUACUGGCGAGAAGCCAUACGUUUGCAAAUACUGUGGUCGAACAUUUGCUGAUCGAAGCACGAAUAUUAAACACGAAAGAAUUCAUACAAACGAACGACCGUUUACUUGUCAGACAUGUGGUAAAUCUUUUACUUACUCUAAUGUUUUAAAAAAUCACAUGUUAACACACACAGGCGAAAAACCAUUCCCUUGUAUACCAUGUAAUAAGACAUUUUCACGCAAGCAUCAAUUAGAUCAACACAUUGCAACUAUAACUCAUCAACAAACAGUUAGAAAUCAGGUUGUAGCAGACGUUAAAAUGCAGGAAUUAUUACAUCACGUGCAGCCAAAUCAGCACAUUACCACUAUAAUGCACCAGCAGGCAAUGAGACAUCCCAAACUGGCAAAUGUCAAAGUGGAGCAUGUGAUACGUCAAAUAAACCCAAAUCAGCAUAUUGACUCAAUGGCUAUCCAAAAUACAAUUACAAAUGUUGAAGAAGUGGGUGAGGAGUAUCAACGCCACAACGACGAUGUUUAUAUUAAUGCUGAAUAAGUUGGUUUGGAUACGUAAUGAAAUGAUUUUUUUCUUUGAUGACUACAUGUAUGUACAUAUCGUCGUUUAAAGUGCAAAAC